GAUCGUUCGGUCAGCUAAAAAGGCUUAUUAGCCGUAGUUGGUUCGACAUCCUUUGAUGUUAUUAUUAAAUCUAUCAUAUAUUUUUUUACUAUGUAUAGUAUAAAAUUAUAUUUGUGCAUCGCGGCGACUUGCGUAUUUGUGUUUCUUGAAUUCCCAAAAUUUAAGGGAAAUGAGCACAGAUGUGGAAUUGAAGCCAGCGGCAACCUUAUCCAUCACAACCCCUGGUUAGUCUACUUGGAGUACUACGUGGGCGAUCAUCAGAAGGAAUACAGGUGUUCCGGCACGCUGAUCAGCCCUCGGCACGUUGUAACAGCAGCUCAUUGUGUCAGGAAAAUAAAGUUCACCCGUCUGGCGGCUCGUCUCGGCGACUAUGACGUGUCAACGGAGAAGGACUGCGUGACGGGCUUGUGCUCUGAUCUUACCCUGUCCAUCCAAGUUUCGGAGAUAAUCGUCCACCCCGACUACGAUGGAAAAGAAGGGGAUAUCGCGAUUCUGAAACUGGACACGGACGCGCCAUAUACAGACUUCAUUCGGCCCAUCUGCCUUCCAUCCAAUCCGAUUAAGGGCAACGUCACUCUUUACGCCACCGGCUGGGGGGAGAUCCCCACUAUAGGAAUGUACAGUAAUAUCAAGAAGAUCCUGCCAUUACCCAACUGGUCUCUCGAGCAAUGCCAUAGAGUCUUCGAGAAUCUGCCAGAUAAGGUGCUCUGUGCUGGAGGCGAAGAAGGCGUUGAUACUUGCCGCGGAGACUCUGGUGGCACUCUUGCUCUGGUGAAGGAGAGAGUGGAGUUCGUCGGAGUCACCAGCACUGGGUGCCAGCGAUGCGGAACCAAGGGCUUCCCAGCUGUAUACGUCAGUGUCUAUGACUACAUAGAUUGGAUAAGCUUGGUCACGAAACACUGAACUGCGAAUGAAUUGAUGACCAAGGAAUUUUCGAUCUUUUGAAUAAACAAAUUUUUCAUAAGAAAUAACCAGUCUAUAUAGAUAGAUAACCGUUGUACUAUACUGAGAUCUUACAACUCAUGUCUGAAGGUGGGUGGCGGAAUUUAC